CUUCCUUCCAAACCCAGGCAAUCGACUCCUCUGUUUGGACCCAAAAUCUUCUGUUUCUCACUUCUCUCCAUGACUCUCUCAAAAUCAAUCUUUCAAUUUUCUAUUGCCAUGUUCAAGGACCCAUUACCAAGUUACAGAUCCUUUGGCCUAUUAGAUUCAUAAUUUGUUUCAAAGGAUUUGGUUAUGUUUGUUCUUAAUUAGUUAUCGGAGAGCUUCAAGUUGUGGAAAUGUGUGGAGUGAAGAUUAGAAUUUGCUGGCUGCAUCAUGUUCUAUUUCUUCUUAUGUUCGUUUUAUGCUUAUUGCCUUGUGCACAUUGUGUGGAUGAGGAUGAUUAUAGUCAAACCGGAAACCCAGCCUUGCUUCCUGUUAUCACAGAGAUGAUCUAUAACCGACUUUCAAAUCUCAGCAGAAUAUUUAGUGAUGCUAUAUUGGAGACAUCUGCUUUUUGCGUAAAGGAUGUGAAAUCAGACUGGGAUAGGGCAUUCAAUUUUAAAGGAAAGUUGGAUUUCAUAAGCAAUUGUAUAAAGAAGACUAAAGGGGAUAUCACACACCGAUUAUGUACAGCAGCAGAAAUCAAAUUCUAUUUCAUUAGUCACUUUCAAAAGGGGGCAACAGAUGCCAAUUACUUAAAACCUAAUAAGAACUGCAAUUUGACCUCUUGGCCUUCUGGAUGUGAACCAGGAUGGGGUUGUCUUAAUAACCAGAAUGAGAAAGUUGUUAUUGAAAAUUCGAAGGACAUGCCUGCAAGGACUCGUGACUGUCAACCUUGUUGUGAGGGGUUCUUCUGUCCUCAGGGUCUCACUUGCAUGAUACCUUGCCCAUUAGGUUCCUAUUGUCCAGCUGCAAAACUCAAUAAAACAACCGGAGUAUGUGAACCCUAUGGUUAUCAAAUACCUCCCGGACAACCAAAUCAUGGUUGUGGUAGUGCGGAUACAUGGUCUGAUGUUGGUAGUGCCAGCGAAAUAUUUUGUCCUCCAGGAUCGUACUGCCCAAGUACAACAGUCAAAAUUCCUUGCAGUAGUGGACAUUACUGCAUGAUGGGUUCCACCUCUCAAAAAUCAUGCUUCAAGUUGACUACCUGUAAACCAAAUACUGCGAACCAAAAUCUCCAUGCUUAUGGGGUCAUCCUUAUUGCUUCAUUGACUACUCUGCUUCUCAUUAUUGUUAACUGCUCAGACCAAGCUCUGUCUACACGAGAAAGAAAAGCAGCAAAAUCCAGAGAAGCUGCAGCAAGGCACGCGAGAGAAACUGCACAAGCACGUGAAAGGUGGAAAUCUGCAAAAGAUGGUGCCAAGAAACGUGGAUUUGGAUUGCAAGAACAGUUCUCCCGAACAUUUUCUCGUCAAGCUAAACCGAGGUCAGAGGAUAAUUUAUUACCGCCUAUGCCUUCAAGUGCAUCUAACCAAUCAUCUGCAGCUGUAAAAACAAAGAAAAAAGAAUCAAGUAGCCUAACAAAAAUGAUGCAAGCCCUUGAGGAUGAUCCACAUAGCAAUGAAGGCUUUAAUUUGGAGAUUGGAGAUAAAAAUGUAAAAAAGCAAAUGCCAAAAGGUAAACAGUUGCAUACUCACAGCCAAAUUUUCAAGUAUGCAUAUGGUCAACUCGAGAAGGAGAAGGCUAUGCAGCAGGAGCAAAAGAACCUGACCUUCUCAGGGGUAAUCUCAAUGGCUACUGAUAAUGAUAUCAAGACAAAACCAGUGAUAGAGGUUGCUUUCAAAGAUUUAACCCUUACUUUGAAAGGUAAAAAAAAACAUCUUCUUAGAUGUGUCACUGGGAAACUCAUGCCAGGCCGAGUUUCCGCUAUCAUGGGUCCAUCAGGAGCUGGCAAGACAACAUUUCUUUCUGCUUUGGCAGGAAAAGUAACUGGAUGCACCAUGAAAGGUGUAAUUCUCAUAAACGGUAAAAAUGAAUCCAUUCAUUCCUAUAAGAAAAUUACUGGUUUUGUGCCACAAGAUGAUAUCGUGCAUGGAAACUUGACAGUGGAAGAGAAUCUCCGAUUCAGUGCAAGAUGCAGAUUAUCUGCUGAUAUGCCUAAAGCUGACAAGGUUCUGGUAAUUGAAAGAGUUAUCGAGUCCUUGGGAUUACAGGCAGUAAGAGAUUCUUUGGUUGGGACAGUGGAGAAGCGAGGAAUUUCUGGAGGCCAGAGGAAACGUGUGAAUGUUGGACUUGAAAUGGUCAUGGAACCUUCGCUAUUGAUUUUGGAUGAGCCCACAUCAGGUUUGGACAGCGCAUCUUCUCUGUUGCUUCUAAAAGCACUACGACGUGAAGCUCUUGAAGGGGUAAACAUCAGCAUGGUAAUCCAUCAGCCUAGCUAUGCCCUGUUCAAGAUGUUUGACGAUUUAAUACUUCUGGCAAAAGGUGGUCUUACUGUGUAUCAUGGUCCUGUAAAGAAAGUUGAAGAAUACUUUGCUGGCCUUGGGAUUAUUGUACCAGAGCGUGUUACUCCGCCAGACCACUUCAUUGACAUUCUGGAGGGUAUAGUAAAACCAAACUCAAAUGUAACUCAUGAACAGCUGCCUAUCAGAUGGAUGCUACAUAAUGGGUAUCCAGUGCCCCCCGAUAUGCUGCAUUAUGCAGAUACACUUGGUACAGCCUCAACAGACUCAAAUACAGAUGAUAUAGAAGAUACUAGCGGUGCAGCUAUUGAACAGUCUUUCGCUGGAGAUUUGUGGGAGGACAUGAAAUCUAAUGUUGAGCUACAGAAAGAUCAUAUACAACACAUCUUUUUGAAGUCUAAGGACUUAUCCAACAGAAGAACUCCUGGUGUAACCCGCCAGUUAAGAUAUUUCCUUGGGAGGAUUGGCAAGCAACGACUACGAGAAGCUAGACUACAUGCAGUUGAUUAUGUGAUUCUAUUACUAGCUGGAGCAUGUUUAGGAACUCUUACAAAAGUGGAUGAUGAAACAUUUGGGACCACGGGCUAUACUUUUACUGUCAUUGCUGUUUCAUUGCUUUGCAAGAUUGCAGCAUUAAGAUCAUUUUCUUUGGACAAAUUGCACUACUGGAGAGAGAGUGCAUCUGGAAUCAGCAGUCUUGCCUAUUUUCUAUCUAGAGAUACACUUGACCAUUUUAAUACAAUUGUCAAACCUUUGGUUUAUUUAUCCAUGUUCUAUUUCUUCAACAACCCUAGAUCAACUUUUACUGACAAUUACGUUGUUUUGGUCUGCCUUGUGUACUGUGUGACUGGCAUAGCUUAUGUACUUGCGAUCUAUCUUGCACCUAGUCCUGCCCAACUGUGGUCAGUACUUAUCCCCGUUGUCCUGACUCUCGUUGCAACUCAGGAGCAACAAAGUGUAUUUGUGAAGUUUUUGGGAAAUUUGUGCUACCCAAAAUGGGCAAUGGAAGCCUUUAUCAUUGCAAAUGCUGAAAGGUAUUCUGGGGUCUGGCUUUUAACUCGCUGCCACUCGUUGUUGUCAAACAGCUAUAAUAUUGGUCACUGGAAUCUUUCUCUACAACUUCUCAUUCUUACCGGCAUACUCAGCCGUUUUGUAGCUUACUUUCUGCUAGUCACCUUCCAAAAGAAGUGAAUUGGGAAUUUAACCCUUCAUGUUCAUGUAGUAUUUUGCUAUAUAGAAGAUUAGAGAAGUGCAGUCUUCAUACACUAGUAUUAUAAGAACCCAGCAUGGUAUAGAACAGUACAACACAAACUCCUCCAAGUGACCCACAACAGGAUACAGUUGGCUAACAAAACAAAUUAUUCAGUGUAGAGUCAGGUGUAAUGACCCAACUUAGGUUUUGUGAUCAUUUUCUUGUGUACAUUUACCCCUCUUAUGGGGAAGAAUGAAAGGGAAAUUGACAUUUUAUGUCUAGUUUUGUGUCUUGCUACCUAUGCUCAUUUUAUCUACAAUGACUAGAUUUAUCAAUAAAUUCUAGUAUGAUGAUUGAAUUU